AUGGUCAGCGGACUCGUCAUCGUCGUGCUCUGCGGCUUCCUACUCUCGUCUAGCUGGGAAGCGUCUGCUUUUAUGCCCAUCGCACCCGUAUUCCCUAUACCGGAGAAUGAGCAGCUUAACUGGUCUCAGUACUCACCAUACUUCCCUCUGGCGGAGUACGAGUUGCCUCCUGUGGGAUGCCAGAUUAACCAGGUCAACAUUCUGCAACGUCACGGUGCCCGGUUUCCUACGUCGGGUGCCUCGCAGCUGAUUGUGGCAGCUUUGGCCAAGAUUCAAUCUGUACAGUCCUUCGAAGAUCCUUCGCUGCAGUUCCUGGAGACGUUCAUUUACGAUUUGGGGGUGAAUAACCUUGUGCCGUUUGGUGCAGAGCAGUCUUUCGAUGCCGGCCAACUCGCCUUCUCGAGAUAUUCGAAGCUAGUCAGCCAGGACAACUUGCCAUUCAUCCGUGCUGAUAGUAGCGAGCGUGUCGUGGUCUCUGCGAUGAAUUGGACUGCGGGAUUUGCGGCAGCGAGCGACCAUAUGUUCAAUCCGAAGCCUCCACUUGUUCUGUCCUCUUCCGGUAAUGACACUCUCGAGGACACCUGUCCCGCUGCGCCUUCCGCUGAUCCACAAGACGAAGCUUGGAUUAACACCUUCGCCCCACCAAUCACCGCUAAGCUGAACACAGGAGCUCCAGGAGCAAACUUGACAAACCUGGAUGUCUUCAGUCUUAUUAGUCUUUGCCCAUUCGAGACCGUUGCUAAACAGCAGAAGAGCGACUUCUGCACCUUGUUUGAGGGUAUUCCUAGCUCUUUCACUGGCUUCGCAUACACGGGUGAUCUAGACAAGUUCUACGGAGCCGCGUACGGCAACCCUCUUGGCCCUGUACAAGGUGUGGGCUACGUCAAUGAGUUGCUCGCGCGUCUCACAAACUCGCCGGUACGCGACAAUACACAAACAAAUCGCACGCUCGACACCUCGCCCGUGACGUUCCCGCUCAACCGCACCAUCUACGCCGACUUUUCGCACGACAACCAGAUGGCGUCGAUUUUCGCCGCGAUUGGUCUCUUCCGCCAGCCGCGCCCGCUCGACCCGACGCACCCAGACUCGACGCGGACAUUCCGCGCAAGCUCACUCGUGCCAUUCAGCGGGCGCAUGGUCGUCGAGCGCAUGGAGUGCACGAAGGUCCAGAAGCUGCGCAUUCUGGUGCAAGACAUCGUUCAGCCACUGGAGUUCUGUGGUGGGGACGAGAACGGGUUGUGCACGGUGGACGCGUUCGUGGAAAGUCAAGCGUUCGCGAGGAACGAUGGGAACGGUGACUUUGAGAAGUGCUUUGAGACAGAUGUCACUAGUACUGUGGCAGCUUGA